CUCAAGGGAGGACUGUCAAUCAUGCCUACAGCACCUGCCCGCGCCUUAGCCAUUAAAUGAGCGCUGCUUGACGACUGCGUGUGAACUCAGAAAACCCUUCUGGAUAUCCGUUCGUCUUCAGCGGCCCGAGGCAGGAUGGAAGAAGCAGAACUCUUAAAGGAGCGCCUACAAGCUAUUACGAAUAAGAAAAAAAUCCAAGAGGAAAUUGCUCUCAAACGGCUUGAGAUCGACAGAGAGAAACUAAAGCUUCAACAUGUCAAGAAAAGGUCCAUGAGAGAUCUGUGGCUCAUGGAUGGGAUGAACAGCAGUAAUGCACAGGAAACACAAAAAGCUCUUGAAGAUGCGCAACAGACUAAACACCUCAAGAGCAACAUACAUCGGAUAGAGAAAGAGAUUGAAGCAUUGGAGAGAGAGGAAAUGAACAUCUCAACAAAUGAGGGACUGAUUCUAAAGAGGCUAAAAGCCAUUGAAAAGUCUCCAGAGGACAUCAUUAAGGCAGUGAAAGCAGAUUUCACAUCAGAGCCGAUCUAUAUUCAUUCAACGAUUCCUAAUAUGCUAAAGCCCAGCACCCCCCUAUUAAAACAGAGGAAGAAACAAGACCUGGAAACUGAAGCAAAAACCAACCAAGCCAAACCUGCUUUGUUCGCCAUGGAAAUUAAUGUUCAGAAGGACUUGCUCACUGGUGAAAGCCAAGUCCUUUCCACUUCCACCAUUUCUCCCCAAGAGCUCCAGCAGAAAGGCAUCAAAGUCUACGACGAUGGACGGAAGUCCAUCUAUGCUCUGCGUACAGACGGCCACCAGCCUGGGGCGAAUGGAGUGGAUGAACUCAGUCCCAUUGAAGUCGAGGAAUUGCUGAGACAGGCGUCUGAGAAAAAGAAGAUGUGUAGUCAGGUUCAAAUGAACCCUUCAUAUCACUACAACCUUUCCCAUAAACUACAAUCAGCCCCUGACAAAAGAAAGAGCCUAGAGUCCAACGGAUAUCAAGAUCCCUAUAGCGACGACUUAUCGGCAUGGCCUGAGCUUGUGUACGAUGAUGGUGUUUGCUAUCCAGAGGACGUGGGUCAUGGAGUUCCUCUUCUGCCAAUGCCUAAUUACAAUGACAGACCAGACGAAUAUUACCACAACAGCCGAGGGGAAAGACACAUGCAUGGACCAUAUUACAACCAAAGAGAGAACCACCGGGGAAUGCGCCAUUUGGAUAGUGACAUCAGAAACCACAGCCCGUGUCCAGCCUACUCUGAGAACUCCAAACUCAGCGUCUUGAACGCCAUGCCAUCGGACGAGCCCGUCACCAUGAUCUUCAUGGGCUACCAGAAUGCUGAAGAUGACAGUCAGAGUUAUGAGGGCUCAGUUCGGGCAGAGCUGGUGGUCAUUGGAGAUGGUGAAGAUGAAGCAAGCAAGAGCCUCAACCCCCAUCAGAACUCCAAUGCCAACAACGCCUUUCCCUACUCUGCUGGACGGAAAGGCAAAAGAGAUGGCACGGAGGAAUCAUCCACUACAGGUACCCCAAAGAUCAAAAAGGUCAAAAGGAGACAUAAGCCCUGCUGUGUGUUGAUGUAGUUUCACUAACACUCUAUCAGCUCUUCUAUGAUGCAGCUUCUUACCAGACUGGCUUCUCUUGCUCUGCAUGCUGGACACUGCUGUCUUACAUUGUGGUUUUCAGUUUUUCAGUGUCUUAACAAACUGCUUUCUAUCUUUCAUGUUGGUAUUUGCUUAUGUUGUCCGACAAUGUGUGUAGAAACACAUUGUUGUACUGUAUAUGCAUAACUUUAGAGCAGGGGUCUUCAAUUAGUGGUAUCGCAUUUAAUCUCAAAUCAAUUUUUGUGGAAAUGUUUAUUAAGUUAACUAAAAAUACUUCUAAAAUUCAUCUCGCUCACCAAGGCUGCAUACAUUUAAUAGAAACCCCAGUAAAAACUGUAAUAUUGUAAAAUAUUAUUGUGAUUGAAAUAACUAUGUUCUGUUUUUUCUGUAUUUUCUGAAUUCUCCACACCCAUUACUCCAGUCACAUGAUCAUUCAGAAAUCAUUGUAAUAUGCCAAUAUGGUGCUAAAGAAACAUUUCUUAUCAGUUUGAUAUGAAAGAUUUACGUUAUUUAAAAAAUCCACUUCGUUUUAUACAUAUUUUGGCCUGUGUGGGGCGCAUUUAUUUCGAUGACUUUAAAUGGUUGCACUCAGUGAGCUACUGGCGGUGUCUAUUGCUAUUUUUACCGUAUCACAACUAGUAAAAAAAAAAAAAUAUUGAUACAAUGCCACAUUGUGUGGCUUUUGGUUGUAAUUUUUCAGUCGAAAGGCAACAAGAGAAGUGAUGCAAGUCUUCACUGCUUUUCAAGUGAUAAUAUGAGGAGAAAAGAAUAGAAAGAUUCCUGUGAACUAAUAAAACUUCAUAAAGACCUGCGUCUUUGUUCUCUCCACUUUAUCCCUGAUGCUUUUGAGGCUUUUAGUAGACCACAGCUACUGAAAGAGCUUGAAAACGGCAGACACAAGAAACGCUAGAUGCCAUCCUGGCAGAAUGUAAACAUGCCGACAUUUGACGUGAUGCUGCAGCCACUGCAGGAGUUUCUUGAUAUCCAGGUGCAUUUAGAUUUAAGCCUACGCUUAUAUCCAUCUCCACCUGUUACCAUUUUCAGUAGCUAUGUAUUUUAUUUUCCAAGUUGUUCUGCGGUAAAAAUAGCAACAGGUAGCACCAGUAGUUCACAAAGUGCAACCAUUUCCAACCUGAUCUCAUGACAAAAAUGUACCUGUGGGAGCUUUUUCCCAAGAUGUACGUUUUGUGACAUUCAGUGUGAAUUGUCCACUGAGUGGCGCUAAAAGACUGUUCGCCUUUUUCCCCCGGAACAGAUGAACACGUUUGUCGUUGAGUGGCGCUAUAACUAAUGCUAUGUGACGUUUUAAAAUAACGUGCUGUCUGCACUACACCUAAACCUACACGAAAGUAUGAACAAAAGUGAAUGUGACAUAAAAACGCAAUUGCAGCCAUACAGUUUUAGCUUGUUUUUGAUCUCUCAUCUUUCAGCUCUUUCAUCGUGAGUCAUGUUUUUCGAACCCCCACACCUAACCCUAAACCUACCAAAACUAGGGGGUAGUAAUCUGGCGGGGGUCAACACCGAAAGUGAAACAUAUGGAGCUGUAAUCAUUAACUGUUUUACCACCUCUAGUGUUAAUUUCUUUUGAAAACUGCAGUGAUAUGUACUUAUUGGUCUUGCGAAAAAGUUCCCACAGGUACAUUUUCAUUGUGAGAUCAAAUAGGCCAUUUCCUGUCAUCGAAAUGAUGGCACCCCCCAUAGUCCGAAAUAUAUAUAAAACGGUGUGUUUGUAUAAAAUAGUGUAAAUCUUUCAUGGGUUUUCUGCUACUUACUUCAGUAAGAGACAUCAUUUACAUUAUAUUAAGCCAUACGAGUCUUAACACCCAAGGUUCUCUUUAAGAUGUAUAUUAUUGUACAGUUUAAUUUCACUUGAAGUAGGCAUAUGAUACGAACUGAUUUUUAAUGAAUGUGCAAUGUAUCGUAUGUAAAUACGUUAUGUAGAACCCCUGCAUGUUAUUAAAGGUCAGGCUUAGAAUGCAUCUAUUUGUACACAAAACGUGUUUGUAUCCACCAAGGCAUCCCUAAAAAAAAGUUGAAGACCCCUGAUUUAGAGCUUUACCUCCCUCUUGUGGUAAAAGGAUGGAAAUUCACAUCUCUUUCAAAAUAAUACAUGCUAAAUGCAACUACUCUCCUUUAUUUUCAUCUGCCAAACUUUCUAUGCUAUUCUAUGCUAUUUCUUUUGACAUUUUGCAUAUGUUAACUAUACUUUUGCCACUUUUAAUAAUUAGCAUGAUGGCAUGCAAUCUGCUGUGACAUGUACAGACUUGCUUGCUGUCAUGGAUUGUGCUUCUUUUGUCUUUUGUUCUCUUUCUUUUGCUUUGAUUUUGUUUAUGGGUGUUUUGUGAAA